AUGAGCUCGGGAAGAAAGAGACAUCGCGCCAUCGAAAACAACCGCGCAGAAUGCCCCUUCACUGUGGCCACAAUCGCGGCGCGGUCCUGUGAGGAGCUGGACCAAGCUUCCAAAAAGCGUAAGCGUGGCGUUCCAAACAAAAGCAGGUUAUAUCUCGUCCAGGUGUCGCCAUUCGAGCCCAUUGGGAAGUUCAAGACGUGUCAGUCGUUGGACACGUUGUAUACCGUCAAGCCGUACAAGCGAUGGUCCGGUAUGACCCGCUACAGAAGUUUUGUUUUAGACAAUGUCAAGUACCACAGCGACGAUUUCGUGUACAUUGCCAAUGACAAAAGUGUUGAACGACAAGAGGCUGCUAGCGAGGAUCCUCAACAUCAACGCGUGCUGGGCCUCGCCGACUGUUGGGUGGCCAAGAUCCUCGAGAUCAGGGCAUCGGACGAGUCUCACGUCUAUGCGCGCGUCUGCUGGAUGUACUCCCCGGAUGAACUUCCUGCGAAUAUUGUCGAUCACGAGAAGCUGGUAUCAGAGUUGUCGCCUCAUUACAGCCACAAUGAGUUGAUAGCUUCGAACCACAUGGAUGUCAUUAACGUUCUUUCUUCGGUUGAGUCGUCGAGCAAGCACGGCAACAACUAUCAGUCAGAAGCAUCGACAAUGGAACUGUGCACGACAGAGGAGCAAGUGGCCGCACUCGAAACGACUCCUCAACACGCCUAG